AUGGAUGACCUGAAACUUUAUGCCAAGUCACCAGAGCAGCUUGAGAAUUUGCUUCAGCUAGUCACUACUUUCAGCCAGAGUAUCAAAAUGAAAUUAGGAUUGGAGAAGUGUGCAGUACUGCAUGUGAAGAAAGGUAAAGUAGUAAAUACAGCAGAAGGGAUGUUGACACUGGAAAAUGAAAUAGGGCAGUUGCAAAUAGGACAGACAUAUAAAUACUUGGGACUCCACCAGCAUUUGAAAAUCUCCCGUGUUGAAGUGUUCAGCCGCUUGGAAAUUGAAUUUAAGAGAAGACUAAGUAAAGUCAUGAAAUCUAAAUUGCCUUCAAAGCAUCUGAUUAAGGCAAUAAAUUCUUGGGUUAUUCCAUCUCUGACCUACAGUUUUGGUGUUCUGAAGUGGUCUGACACUCGUCUGGAACAAAUGGACAGGCUUGUGAGGACUCAAAUGACGAAAAACAGGGUGCAUCACCCAAGAUCAUCGAUGAGUCAUCUAUAUAUGCCAAGGAAGCUGGGUGGCAGGGGCUUGUCCAGGGUUUCAGAUCUGUGUGCAAAACAAGAGAAAAGACUAAGAGAGUAUUUCACGUCUGCUAACACAAAUCUCCUCAGGGAAGUGUGCCGACUGGAUGAAAAUUAUACUGCACUUAACCUGAGGAAUCCUAAUGGUCGAGAGCCCUUGACAUGGCAUGAUUACAAGGCAGAAUGGCAACAGAGGGAACUGCAUGGGCGCUACUGUAAGCAUCUGAACUCUGAUCAUAAUAAUCAUGACCUUUCAAGCAGGUGGCUGACAGAUGGAAGUCUUUUCCCAGAAACAGAAGGCUUUAUAAUUGCUAUGCAGGAUCAGGUUGUCGCUACCAAUGCCUAUAGAAGACAUAUCAUCAGAGAUCUGAGCAUAAGUGAUAAAUGCAGGCUUUGUAACGCUGCAGUUGAAAGUAUUCAGCACAUAGUUUCAGGCUGCUCAAUAUUGGCACCAAAAGAGUAUUUGAGGCGACAUAAUAAUGUUGCAAAAAUAGUGCACCUGAAAUUGCAGCAGGAAUUUGGCUUCUUUGAAGAAAUGCCCCCAUACUAUUCUUACUCUCCUCCUGCAUUUAUUGAGAGAAACCAGAUUAAGAUCUAUUGGGAUGUUCAAAUGAUCACUGACAGGCAAGUCAUUCAUAACAAGCCUGACAUCCUAAUGUUGAACAUGAAUCAAAAAGAAGCCUUGAUAAUUGAUGUAGCCAUACCAGCAGAUGAAAAUUGUCAAAGAACAAGAGAGACUGAGGGCUUUGUACAGGCGAUUCAAGAUCAAGUGAUAGCAACAAAUGCUUAUAGGAGGCAUGUAAUGGGAGACAGGACCAUAAGUGACAAAUGCAGAAUGUGUGCCAGUGCAGUAGAAAGUAUCCAACAUAUUGUAUCCAGCUGCUCAGUGCUAGCCCCAAGAGAGUAUUUGUUGUGCCAUAAGAAUGUGGCAAAAAUUGUGCACUUGGAGAUGCAGAUCAAGUUUGGGAAUAUUGCAGAGGUCCCCCCUUACUAUAACUAUCAGCCUCCUCCUCUGGUUGAGUUCAAUCACGUCAAGAUCCACUGGGAUGUCUAA